AUGAACCCAAACCAAAUCCAUCGUACGCGACCCUGGCCGGGAUUUCCAGCGCCUAAUAAGGCGCUUGGAACCUUCGGGGAUGCCAACUGCAUGGAGCAGUUGCUUGUUCGUUGUGCUAAUGCAAUCGAAAGUAAUGAUGCUACUCUCUCUCAACAAAUCUUGUGGGUUCUUAACAACAUCGCGCCUUCCGAUGGGGAUUCCAAUCAAAGACUCACAUGUGGCUUCCUACGAGCGUUGAUUGCUCGAGCUGCCAAAACCGGAACCUGUAAGAUGCUUACAGCUGCCCUCUCGAAUUCCAAUAUCACCAUCCAAACGCAUAAGUUUUCCAUUAUUGAGCUUGCGAGCUUUGUUGACUUGACGCCAUGGCAUCGGUUUGGUUUCACAGCUGCCAACGCUGCCAUACUUGAAGCAGUGGAGGGAUACUCGACUGUUCACAUCGUCGAUUUGAGUCUGACACAUUGCAUGCAAAUCCCUACUUUGAUUGACGCCAUGGCUGGGAAAUUAGAAGGUCCACCGGUCGUCAAGCUCACGAUAGCUGGAGCCACGGAGGAUGUCCCUCCGAUGCUGGAUCUGUCAUACGAUGAGCUAGGGAUUAAGUUAGUAAACUUUGCUCGUUCAAGAAACAUAAUCUUGGAUUUCAAUGUAAUUCCUUCGAGUUCUUCAGAUGGAUUCUCUUCGUUAAUCGAACAUCUGAAGCUUCAAAACCUAGUACAUGGAAACGAGACUAACGAAGCACUCGUAAUAAACUGUCACAUGAUGCUUCAUUACAUACCAGAAGAAACCCCAACAGCAACGACGUCGACGACUCCCUUUUCUUUCGAAGAUGCAACCCCACGAGCUUUAUUCUUGAAACAAAUCCGAAGUCUGAAUCCAACCCUCGUAGUUUUAGCAGAUGAAGAUGCAGAUUUCACAUCAAAUAACUUGGUUUGCAGAUUAAGGUCAGCUUUUAAUUACUUAUGGAUCCCAUACGACAUAGUCGACACUUUUUUACCAAAAGGAAGCAAGCAAAGACAGUGGUACGAGGCUGAUAUCGGUUGGAAGAUCGAGAAUGUUAUAGCCCAUGAAGGGUUACAUAGAGUUGAGCGACUUGAGCCACGAGCAAGAUGGGUUCAGAGAAUGAGAAAUACAGGGUUUCGUGGGGUUGGGUUUGGAGAAGAUAUCGUAACAGAAGUGAAAGGGAUGCUGGAUGAACAUGCAGCUGGAUGGGGGUUGAAGAAGGAAGAAGAUGAUCUUGUUCUUACUUGGAAAGGACAUAAUGUGGUUUUUACAACUGCUUGGGUACCAACUUAA